UGCUUCCAGACAAUCUUGAACUCGAUGCAUAAAUACCAGCCGCGUUUCCAUCUUGUUAGAGCCAACGAUAUUUUGAAGUUACCAUACAGUGCAUUCCGGACAUAUGUCUUUAAGGAGACUGAAUUUAUUGCUGUGACCGCCUAUCAAAACGAAAAGAUUACCCAGCUGAAGAUAGACAAUAAUCCAUUUGCUAAAGGAUUCAGAGACAACGGAAGCGGCAAAAGAGAAAAAAAACGUAUGAUGAUGCAUUCUCAACAAAAGAGCGUUAUACCACCGUCAGCAAACAUAAGCGAAGAAUUACAAAGCGACGAAGACGAUUCUGAAAAUAUGGAGAUUUGCGUUGAUGACAGACCACACAGACCUGACGAUGUUCCAAACACUUCUGAAUACAAAUGUCUUGAAGUCGAUAAUCCGUCACCUAAACCCACAAGUUCUCCACGACCGUCUUCUACUUCAGGUGUCGCUGGAAGUGGAUCAAGUAUUAGUGGAGCUAGUAGUGCUAACAGUAAUAAAGUUAACACGAAUCACGAUAUCAGUUCGAUUACAGAUGGAUCUCCCUCGCAACCUAUUCCAGCGCAUACUGGUAGUGUUGUGGGGAGCCUGCCAAGCUAUCUGUUACACCGACCCGCAGAACGGGCGAUCAAAGAAGAAGUGCAGGUCGUAGACGACCACAGCAACACUACUAACUCCUUCCACCGUCAUCACCACCAACAACAACAACACCACCAUAAUCACCAUCACCACCAUCACCACCAUCACAAGCGAAGCGACAGUGCUCAUAGUGAUCAGGGUAACUCUGCAGGAAAACAUGACGUAGACCAAGGAGAAAGCAACAGUUCUAGAAAUUCCUCUCCUCACAAACCUCACAUUGAAAAAGAACACACUUCUACUGUGCAUGAAGACAGAGAAAAGCACCGAUUGCACGAACGUCUUUAUCCAGUGGCAGCCUUGUCACCAGGAUCUGAUAUUGGUUCAAGUCCAACAAGAAUCGAAAAAGAACAACGGAGUCCACCCAACGUUACAGUCAUUCAACCAUCUGUUAGUCACCCUAUGUUCUCGUACCUCUACCCUCCGACAGGAGUCUAUCCAACUCAUUCGGGCGCUCUACCUUACGUCGGUCACAUGCUAUUUAAUAGCAACAAUUCAUUCCAUCACAGCAGUCUGCCAAUGCAAUUCAUGUCGUCCUCCUCUCCUGGCGAUCUGAGCCAUCUCUCAUCAACACAUGCACACCAUGCAUCCUCUAAUAUAAUGUUGAAUGCGCAUAUGCCUCUGCAUGGGACUCCACUUCUACCGCACACGUACUCCCUCACAUCCUCUUUGGCUGGAGGUGGAAUCCCUAGUGGACUUUCUCCGUUGACCGGACCUCAUCUUGGAUCUCUCUUGUCAUCACGAGCCAACCAUCGUUUUUCGCCAUAUUCGGUACCUUUGACGAAAACCACGAUGGUUACAAACACUUCCCCGUUAGCAGCGAGUGAGCUGCACUCUGGAAGUAGAUUAGAUGGAGACAAUAGCAGUAUCACACCGGUCUGUACUGUUUCUAGUGCUACAGGUUUGUCUUCGCCGUCAAGAGGCUCUCCAUCUUCCUUGAGGAGUCGCAGUCCGACUCAAAUUCCAACGUCCUCUUCAUCCUCAUCUUCUGUUGUUGGGCCAACGACAAACCAAGGCAGUGAACUGCGAAAUAUUGAGCGUAUGUUAAAUGGACUCGACAAAAAACCCGAAGUAGGUAGAAAUGACGCAAAUGAUAAAUGAACAGCGUUGAUAUGGUUAAUUAAAAAUAGAUAUCUAUCAUCCUGAACAAACAAACAAACAAAAAUUCUGGUUUGAUACAAAAUAAUGAAUAAACAAAUAUCAGCGAAGAGGAAUAAAUCAGUAUGAAAUAAUUAUUGACUGCAUCGAUAAUCAAUAUCUCUCGAUCAAAGCAACGUGAGUAAAAUAAACGAGAAUUCCUAACAAAUUCCCACUUAUAUGCGCUUCUUGCACAGCCCAUGGGGAAUCUAUCAAAUCUGCCAUGAAACAACAUUUUUAUCACAUAGAUGAAUGGUAUGUUUGCGUGAAUGCAUACAUAUAGACAUACAUACAAUUUUUUAAAAAUAUACAUACAUACAUACAUAUGUUAAGCAUUGAUUCAUACAAACAAAAGGAAAAAGUUGACAGUACAAGUCUGUUUGAAACUGAAGUAAAAUUUAAAAAAAAAGAAAUUAAGGAAUCAAAUCAAUAUAACUGAAAAGGGGAAAACGUUUUUUUUUAAUUUUCUUUUUAAAGAAAUGAUACUUUAUAAGAAUUAAACAAAAUACCAAAUUGUCUCACUUCCUAUGGUAAACGGAAGCUGUUCUCCUGACAAAUCACCUGAUGACAAUGUUAAAAGUUGAUGAUGAUGAUAAGGAAGAGGAGAAGAUACUGAAAGGCUUUUUUUUUUUUUAAGGAUGCCGCUACCUGUUGAGUUGCUACCAUUGUCUUUUUAAUCGUGUUCUUAUUGUUGAAGAAAUAAAAACUAGUGACACUGUAAACGCUAUUUGAACCCAAAACUCUCACCUACACGAAUAUGAAAAUAAAUUAAAUCGAAUCAAAAACAAACGCAAGAAAAACAAAAGGGGGAAAGAGAGACACAACAAUGUCGGAAGAGAAUAGAAUGCGACAGCCUGCAUAUAUAUAUAUACAUAUAUAUAUAUAUAUAUAUAUAUAUAUAUAUAUAUAUAUAUAUAUAUAUAUAUAUAUAUAUAUAUAUAUCGCAAGAUACGACUCCUGACUGACUGUGCCCAGCAUCAGAAUAUUAUAUUUAUUUAUUCAGUAAUUUAAGAAAAAAAAAAAAGAAAAAAAGAUUAAUAAAUAACAGACAAAAGUCUAAAUGGAAAUAAACAAUCGGAAAAUUAAUUAUCCCGAAUGAAUUGGAAUACGAUAAUUAAUUUAAUUGUACAAUUAUGAAAUCUGAUGAGCAAAGAAAACAAAUAUGCAGACAAGGUGUCAUACACAGAAUCAUAUACUUAUAUAAAAUAAUCAAAAACUUAGACAUAAACACAUACACACAGAUACAUAUACAUUGAACGAUUUAUACACACACACACAUAUGUAUAUACAUAUAUGCAUGUGUGCACCAUUAAGUACAUAUGUGAUAAAAGCAACAUUUACAGCGCAAUUAAACAGUUAAAUGAUAAAACGGGUUGAAUACGCGCAGCAUACAUAUGUACAUACAUACAGGCACACACGCAUGUAUGUAUAUUUAUGUACAUACGGUACACACAUUCACGCGCACUCAUAUAUAUAUAGAGAGAGAUACAUAUAUUAAAAA